AUGCCGACACAUCACGAGCGGGAGCCCCGUUACUCCCCCCCCUGGACCGUCGGGGGUGAUCGCGGUCCAUACCAGGGAGGCGAACCUGGUACAGAGAGAGUGCAAGGGGGAACAGCGCCGACAUGCAUGCUACACGACGCGACACCCAAAAUGGCGGAUGUCUCAUGUCUCCCCGAGCCUAUAGACCCACAACUAGAGGUCCUACAUAGGCUGGAAGCAAUCUUUGCCAACUUCUGGCACAAACUGGAGGCCAGAACGCAACCGCUCAUCUCAACACAGGCAAACAGCUUCCCUGCGAAGACACUGCCUCCAACCAGAAAGAAGGCUCAGCAGGGCAUAAUUAACACGGCAGGCAAAGCUACAACGACCCCAGCGCAAAAGGGCGAAAACAGACAGGAGACACCACAACAGACGCAGGGCACAGCGGAGAGUCAAAACCCGCCAGGCCCGUUCAUCCUUCCCGACAACGCCGAGGUACAGAUCACUGCAGAAUCCAGCCCCACGGCGGACACGAGCCCGAGAAGCAAACAGGUCACCUCAUCUGACACUCGGACACAGAAGCCCACACCGCCCCGCCGAGACGCAGAAAAGCAGGAUACUCAGGAGAGCUCUCAAGGACUGCGUCUGGCACCCAGAGGGGAUCGGAUAAGCAUGGGCAGCGGAAUAGGGUCUGCCGAGCAUAGCUCGUUACAGCAGGACUUCUUUACACACCCUGCACACCAACUAAACUUAAAGUACCAAUCUUUGAGCUAA